UUCCUUCUCCCAUAUAUUUAACUAAUCAGCCUCGUGUGGCAAGAAGACGGUGUUGACCUCGCGCCGCUCACUCAACCCGCAGUUCUGCUUGCGUGAUUUUUCAAACGUUCACUGAUUUCAUAACACAAUCACGUAUCGAAUCAGCUAAUUCGGAAGAUCGCCAUUAGAGUGACAGCAUCCGCCGUGCAAAAUUUCGGUGUUAUCAAUCGAUCGCAACCUGAUUGGUGCAAGCAAUAAUACUCGAACUUAAAAGAUGAACUCCGUCACCAAAUUAAUUGUGCUCCGAGGAGCGACCCAGAGACUGCUCACCGGAGGAAUCCAGCAACGUUACCUGAGCACCGGUUCUGCGCGUCUCUGCGUGUUUAAAAUCCAAAGUCCGCAGGAGUUUCAGGAGAAAGUGAAGGACAGCAAGGAUCCCAUCAUCGUGGACUUUUUUGCGACCUGGUGCGGACCAUGUCGCAUGUUGACACCGCGAAUCGAAUCGAUCGUAGGCGAGCAGAAGGGCAAAGUGAAGCUGGCCAAGGUGGACAUUGACGAGCACACAGAGCUGGCACUUGACUACGAGGUGGCUUCGGUACCCGUUCUGUUGGCCAUUCGCAACGGAAAGGUCGAACAACGCCUGGUGGGACUGCAAGACACCGACAAGCUACGAAACUGGGUCGAGAAGGUCGUGAAAAAUGAAAAAUAGAUGGACUGUUGGGUUCCAGUGAAAGUGACCGUAGGAACAAGCAUUUUUUGGGGUUCCGCGGAGUAGACGGAGUUGAAGCCAAUACUAGAACCAUGUUGUUGAGCCUAGUUUGUAUGAUUAUCCCAUAGGGAGCAAUGAAUAUGAUGCUAUCUUGUCAGUGCGUACUAUUUUUAUCAGACGAUUCGAGAACUAUAAAAAUUAUCAAAGUAAAUAAGAA